AUGUUGAAAUCAAAAACAGUAGCUAUUAUUGGUGCCGGCGCUUGUGGUUUAGUAUGUGCUAAAGUAUUAUUAGAUGAUGGUUUCAAUGUAAUACUUUUCGAACAACAAGAAGAAUUAGGUGGUAUUUGGUCUUCAAAAAUAGCAUAUGCAAAUUUACAUAGUCAACAACCAGGAGGAACAAUGGAAUUUUCUGAUCUAUUUGAUGGAGAAGAAUAUGCUUCUUGGCAACAUAUUCAUGAUUAUUUACAAAAAUAUGCUGAUCUAUUUCAUAUUACUGAACGAAUUCGAUUUCAAACUCGAGUUAUAUCAAUUUCUAAAAAUGAUUUAAAAAAUGAUAAAAUUCCUUGGAUUAUUCAAAUUGAAACAAUUAAUGGCAAACAAGAAACACAUGAAUUUGAUUUUGUUAUUGUAGCUACUGGACUCUUUUCAGAACCAUAUACACCAAUUUAUCGUGGUCAAAAUCAAUUUGUUGGUUCAAUUUUAUUUCCAUGUGAUAUUAAAUCACAUAAACAAUUAGUAAAUAAACGUGUAAUAAUAGUUGGUGCUGGUAAAUGUGCAACAGAUAUGGCAGUUUUAGCUGGUCACUAUGCUCGUUUAUGUUAUUUAGUUUUUCGAAAAGCUCAUUGGAUGCUUCCACGAAAAAUUAUCGGUGGUCUAGUACCAAUACGAAUAUUAUUUACUCGUGCAUUUUCUAUUCCAUUUAUUCCAGUUCCUAAUGCACCAUAUGGAAAUUUAUUUCGUUUUCUUCAUGAAAAAUUUCCAAAAAUAUUUACAAUAAUGUGUAAUAAUAUAUCAAAUGAUAUAAUAUCUAUUCAUGGUUCUGAUCUAUUUGAUGAUAAAAUAUUUAUUCCUCAACAUUCAUAUCGAAAUAUAGAAAAUAUUUCAGUUAUACCUAAUGAUUUUAUUCGACUUAAACAUGAAAAUCGUAUUAUUGGUAAAUUAGGAAUAAUUGAUGAAAUUAUUGAUGAAACAACAGUUCGUUUAGAUUCAGGAGAAAAAUUACAAGCUGAUAUGAUUAUAUCAGCAACAGGAUAUAUUCUACGAUUUCCAUUUUUUUCUAAAGAACAUAUUAAAAUGAUGGGUUUAACAACAUGUAAUGAAGAUAUUACACUUAAUCUUUAUCGUCGAAUUAUACCUGUUGGAAUACCUAAUAUAGCAUUUAUUGGUUUUAUAUCAUCUGUAGGUUAUUGGAUGAUUGCUGAAGUAACCAGUCAUUGGGUAUCAGAUUAUUUUCUUAAACGACUUAAAUUACCAAAUUCUGAAGAACAAAUGUAUGAAGAAAUUAAAACACAUAAUAUAUUUAUUAAAAAAUUAUUUAAUCGAAGUGAACAUGAUUAUAAAUAUUAUUGGAUAGCACCACUAGAUAUUUAUUUGAAUGAUAUGGGUUUAGCAUUACAUAGAACUAGUAAUUGGAUAUCAGAAUAUUUUGGAGUAUAUCGUCCUGAACGUCUUAAAGAUAUACAUGAUGAACGAAAAAUAAUUGCUGAAACAGGACAUAAACCUCGACGAUUUUAUUUUAGUUUUCAACUAAAUGUUAUUCUUAUUUUAAUUCUAAUAUUUAUUUAUUUAUUUUGUUUUUAA